ACUUACCCGCGAAAGAGAUAGGGAAACAAACAGAGACGCGGAAUAACGUAGAACUCAAAGCUGCCCCUCUUCUAGAGAGAGAAACCCAACUAGAUGUCCGAUGGAAACCCCAAACGACGCCGUGCGGAGCGAGGAAAACGCAGAGGCGGAGGAUUCUAGAGAGAAGAUGGAGAAUGAAAUCCCUCCCGACGAUGAUUGCUGCCCUAUCUGCUUCGGUUCCUUCGUUGUUCCUUGUCGAUCAAAUUGCGGUCACUGGUAUUGCGGCAGUUGCAUUUUGCAGUUCUGGAGCUAUUCUGCAGCAUCUAAACCUUGUAAGUGUCCCAUGUGCUGUCAGUACAUUAAUAAGUUGACACCAGAGUCAUCAUUGCAGAAAAGGCAGCAGGAACCAGAAGUUAAAGAGGUUCUUGGUAAUAUUCAGAGGUACAAUCGUCUUUUUACUGGAGGGGUCUAUGGCUUUGUUCAGAAAAUGCUGGAGAUGCCCUUCUUCAUGAAGAGAUUGCUGCGAGAAAUGAUGGAUCCUGAUAGACCUAAUUCAAUUAAUGAAAUGCGCCUUUUUGCAAUGAUCCUGGGUCUACUCUAUGCAGCCACUCCUUUGAACUUCAUUCCGACAGGAGGUCUAGGAAUAGUAAGGGUGUUCGAUUACGCUGCUGUUGCCUUGGUAAUCAUCCUCCGUACAAUCGGCCACUACCACAGACGAAGACUUGCUCGGCAAGUCAGGCAUGUAGCUGCCACCCAACUUUUACAGGAUAUGUCGUUGUCAUUUACAGAUGUUCAAAGUACAGAGAUGUUCAGGACGUCUGGUGGAGUCCAUCUUGUUGUACGUAUCCUCAAUGAUGGCAUUCAAGAUUUAGAUAUCUUGAAUAGCGGGUUUGCUGUUGUUACAGCGGCUGCAACUGGUAAUGAGCUUGUCAAAGAAGUACUCAUGGAGUUAAAAAUUGAUGAGCUUAUUUUGCAAGUUCUGACUGGACAGAGUAAAGAUGGCAUUCAAGCUUUAUAUGAUGCUAUUCGCAUUCUCUUAACACCUGACGACAAUCGUGUUGUGGCUUCCCAAGUUUAUGGUUAUGCACGAAGAUUUGCAAAAAUUGGAAUUGCAGGAGCUCUUACGGAUUCACUCCACGCCGGGCUUAGCUCCCCUAGUCUAGUUUCAGCAAGUUUCGCACUGAAGGCAGUUGCUGUUAAUGAUGAGAUCUGUAAAUCUAUUGCUGAAAGUGGUGGUAUAGAUGCACUUCUCCUUUGUAUUGAUGAUAGUGGUGAACAAGGCAACAAAACUGCGGCUAGAACAUGCUGUUCUCUGUUAUCCAAGCUGGCAGGAAGCGACUCAAAUAAGAGUGCCAUAGUUGAGAAGAAGGGUAUGGAUAGGCUAAUCAAACUCUCAACAAGAUUUUUUGAUGACCCUUCUGUCCUACAAGAGGUCAUGUCUAUUAUAUCUGUUCUCUCAUUGAGAUCUCCAGACAAUGCUGCCCGAGCAAUUGAAGCUGGGGCUGGAGAACUUGCAGUUCAGGCCAUGCAGAACUUUCCUGCCGCACAACAAAUGCAAAGGAGUAGUUGUUUGAUGAUCCGUAAUCUGGUUGUUCGGAACCCAGAGAACAGGACUCUUCUGCUGAAUAAUGGUAUUGAGAAGCUUAUUAGAAAGGCGAAAGCAAGCCAUGAAAGCUGCAAGGAUGCAGCAACUGAUGCAUUGAGGGAUUUAGGGCUUGAUAACUACAACUCAUGAUAUUUGGACUUCCUAAACGUCAAUUUUGGUUUGAUCAUAUCCUUAAUUAAUCUUUGUGCUCCUGAACCUUCACCUACCUUCUUGCAUAUAUUCUGAUUUACACUGCACCAAGCUCUUAAAAACAUGUAUGGUCUCUUUUGCAUAUGGCCUUUUUUCUUACUGUCAAGAAUUUGACAUCAAUAUUUGAGGAUUUCUACCUUGUGCA